AGCAGAAUGGAAAGUGUAGCUGUCAGCUUCUGUCACUCUGGGAGCCUCCCUCACACAGACACACAACCCUACACUGCCACACAGGCACACACACAGGGGCACUGAUUCAGACUCUGUGGCACAUUCUCACCCCCUCCCCACCCACCCUCUGAUGCCCGUUCCUGUGCAGGGCUGCCGUUUCACAGAAGACCAAAGGCAUGGCUGGAGAUCUGGGACUUUAACUACCUGUGGGGCUGUCAGCGCUAACUAGAGGCUGGUGACACCAUGCUGGUAUCGGCAUUACCUCCUCUGCUUCUGCUGCUUCUCAACUUGCCCCCGUGUGUGCGAACGACGCGGCCCCCUCGCGUGUACCUUUCAUACAGAGAUCUCAUGGAAUCCCGCUCUGCGCGCUCCUUUACUUUUGGGUUUAACACCAGCGAUUACCGUAUUCUUCUCCUUGAUCAGGACCAGGACCGGAUGUACGUGGGAAGCCGCGAUUAUGUGCUGUCUCUUGACCUCGGAAACAUCAACCGGGAGCCCCUAAUUAUUCAUUGGCCAGCUCCACUGAACCGUCACAAGGAAUGCCUCAUGGCAGGGAGGGGGCGUGUAGACGAAUGCUACAAUUACCUGCGUGUCAUUCAGCCACUGAACCGUACCCAUCUCUAUGCGUGUGGCACAGGAGCCUACCAGCCACAGUGUGCUGUUAUCUACAGGGGUUGGAGAUCAGAGGAUUAUGUGUUCCGCAUUGUCCCUGCCUCGCUGGAGUCAGGAAAGGGAAGGUGCCCUUAUGAUCCCAAGCAGGAAAACAUGGCGACCUUAAUAGAUGGCGUGUUGUAUGCAGGGGUCCAGGUGGAUUACAUGGGGACGGACUCUGCCAUUUUCCGGACAAUGGGGCACAAGCCCCCAAUACGCACGGAGCAGUACGACUCUCGAUGGCUGAAUGAUCCGUUAUUUGUGGGGUCCCUGGUGGUCUCAGAAAGCAGCUUCAAAGAGGAUGACAAACUGUACAUCUUAUUCCGGGAGAGAAGCCUAGAAGGGGAGAAUGGCCCGGCGUUGGUGUCUCGUAUUGCUCGUGUCUGCUUGAAUGACGAGGGGGGUCUGCGCUCUCUGGUGGGAAAGUGGACUUCCUAUCUCAAGGCCCGGCUAGUGUGCUCCGUGAUUGGCCAGGAUGGUGUGGAGACAUCGUUUGACCAACUCCGUGACGUCUUUAUCCAGCCGACCCACGACAAACAAAACCCGCUGAUCUACGGAGUCUUCACUACACUGGGUUCCGUGUUCCGGGGCUCCGCCGUCUGCGUUUACUCUCUGGCUGAUGUCCGUGCUGUGUUUAAUGGACCCUUUGCACACAAGGAGGGACAUGGGUACCAGAUGACUGCCUACUCCGGGAAAACACCGUAUCCCAGACCUGGAGCGUGCGCUGGCGGAUUCUCCGUCCCCAGGAAUCGAUCGAGCAGGAACUUUGGGGAGGAUGUUUUGAGGUUUGUGCGCACUCACCCCCUGAUGUACAGCUCCGUGUACCCCGUCAACCGCAGACCCCUACUUUUGCUCUCAGAUGCCUCCUACACCUACACCAGCAUUGCUGUGGACAGAGUGCCCGCGGCUGAUGGGGAGUAUACCGUCCUGUUCCUGGGCACAGACCGUGGUACUGUUCAGAAAGUAAUGAUCCUGCCCCGGGGCACCAAGGAAACAGAAAGUAUCACCUUGGAGGAAGUAGAAGUGUUCAAGGUGCCAUCUCCUAUCAGAAACCUCAGGAUAUCGUCAAAGAGGCAUCAGCUCUACGUCUCCUCAGAUGUCGGGGUCACCCAGCUGUCUCUUCAUCGUUGUGGUCGUUAUGGAGAUUCCUGCGCUGAUUGCUGUCUGGCCAGAGACCCAUAUUGUGCCUGGGAUGGAAAGGGCUGUGUGCGUUACACCCCUUCACCCAGCAGGAGGAGUCGGCGCCAGGAUGUUAAACAUGGAGACCCCUUAAGGCAAUGCCGGGGAUACAAUACACAAGUGGAUCGAGGCAUUGCAGAGAGGCUGCAGAUCAGCGUGGAAGGAGGGAGUGCAUACCUUCAGUGCGACACCCACUCCCCACUUGAGAGCGUCACCUGGUUACUGCAAAGAGAUGGCUCCCAGCAUCGGCGAGAGGUGCGACUCUCGGCCAUUGAUGGGGGCGCAGUGCUACGCUCAGUACAAGCCAGCGACGCGGGGGUCUAUACCUGCACGGGUACGGAGAACGGUUUCCGGCGAUCACGUGCAAAAAUACGGCUCAAUGUUCUGCCACGGGACCUACUAGAAAAACUAACAGCUGCGCCAACCCUUGCUCCAAUGGCAGCACAAUGCCCACCGCCCCGCAGACCAAGACCGCGGCCAUCUCACACAGACCGUAACUGACAGUCUGGUGUCUGCCAAGCAGUACAGAGGGUUGGCCAGUGGCAAUUCCAGGCCCCCCUCUCCAUCACUCAAGGAGAAUGUGGGUGAGGUGCCACCCAAGCUCACUAGCAGUGGGGCUGGCACAGAAGUGGUUCAAGCAGCAGCAGCGCCACCUUGUGUUGAGGUGAUAGUAUUAGUGAGACAUUCCAGAGAACUGUGUGCGUGUGUAGAGAGGGAUGCAGUGUGCUGUUUCAUAUUAAUUUAUCAACUGCGCUGGAUGCCGGACUCAUGCAGCAACAGCGCCACCUCCCACAAUCCCCAGAGCCUCCACUUGAGCUUUGUGUGUGCACCGGACUCCUUCAGAGCAAGUACCACGGGCAGGGGAGAGUGAGAGGAACGCCACAGGGAAAGGGGAGGAGCCAUGCUGCACAAUCUGGGCGGUUACCCAAUGAAUCAUUAGCACACGUGUAACUUUUUAACUCAUUCUAAUUAAGAAAUGAAGUCUAUUUUGUAUCUGUGUUCUGUGUGUGGUUUCCUCAGGCCCAUGGAGCCAGCCACAAAGCUAGCAGCUGCCACAUUACCUACUCCUGCAACCUGGCCAGACCAUGUGGGUCAUGGGUAUUGGCUACUGUGCUAUGGGAGGGAUCAACAUGGCAGUGACAAUGACCAUGGGGUAGUUAAAGGGCUGGUUCAAGUUUAAGUUAACUUUUAAUAUACGAUAGAAUGGCCUAUUCUUAGCUUUUUAAUUGGUCUUCAUUUUUUUUUUUAUAGUUUUUAAAUUAUUUACCUGCCUUCUUCUGACUCUUUCCAGCCUUCAAGUGGGGGUCACUGACCCCAGCAACCAAAAAACUCUCAAAAAGCUCUUUUAUUGUCAUUGUUACUUUUUAUUACUUUCUAUGCAGGCCCUCUCCUAUUCAUCUUCCAGUGUCGUGUUUUAAACCGCUGCCUGGUUGAUAAGGUAAAUAACACCCUAGCACCCAGAUAGCUGCUAAAAUUCCAAACUGGAGAGCCGCUAACAAAAAGCUAAAUAAAAAAAACAAAAUACCAGUU